AUGUCAGCAGACGAAAUUGACACCAAAGCAUCAGUCAUUGUGAUCGGCGCCGGUCCUGUCGGUCUCCUCGUAGGGUUGCGCCUCGUACGCGCUGGCAUCCCAACAACCGUACUCGAGAUGUUGCCAGCAGUCGAAAACUCUCCCCGCGCAGCGGUGUACAUGCCCGUCGCAGUACGCGAGCUCGACCGUGCCGGCAUCCUCGACGAGUGUCGCUCCAUCGGCACGUCUGGCACGAAGCUGGCGUGGCGCAAGAUCAACGGCGAGGUUAUCGUCGAGCUGGACCGGAUCCCGAACGAAGAGGAGCCGUACGAGAACCUGAUCCUGGGACAGCACGAGCUGGCGGAGGUGAUUCAGAGAGCCUUCCAGCAGGAGAAUUCCGCUGAGGAGACGCUCGCCAGGGUCCUCUUCAGCCAUCGUGCGGUCAAGAUUGAGCAGGACGAGGAGGGCGUGACGGUGACAGCGGAAGUGGGCGAGGAGAAGCGCGAGCACAGAUUCCGGGCCCAGUAUGUCGUUGGUGCAGAUGGCGCGAGGAGCUUCGUACGACGGCAUUUGAAUAUCCCCUUCGAAGGCUUCACCUGGGACCGACAGAUUGUGGCGACCAACGUGGUGUAUCCGUUCGACAAAUACGGCUAUACAACGGGGAAUAACAUUGUCCAUCCCGACCACUUCGCCGUGAUCGCCAAGCUCAACAACCAAGGCCUCUGGCGCGUCUCGUACGGCGAAGAAAGGAACCUGACGACGGAGCAGCUGCGCGAACGGUUGAAGAUGAAGUAUGAGGCCCUGUUUCCAGGCCCACGUCCGCUGAAGUACGAUCUGAAGAUGUUCUCGCCUUAUCGCAUCCACCAACGCUGCAGCACCACCUUCCGCGUGGGCCGUGUGCUGCUGGCAGGAGACGCAGCUCAUGUGUGUAAUCCGUUUGGGGGCCUAGGUCUGACCGGAGGCCUGCUCGAUGCUGGCGCCCUGAGCGACUGCCUGAUUGCCGUUCUCAACAACGACGUACCCGACACGGUCCUCGACAAAUACGCCGAGCUGCGCCGCGAUAUCUUCCUCAAGGUCGUCGACCCCACGACGCAGGCCAACAUCCGGCGGCUCUUCGAGAACGACUCAGAAACCUGCCGCGAGACCGAUCCGUUCUUUCGGACUCUUGCCACCGCCAGCAGCAGCGAGCGUCAGAAGAUCCGGGGAAUGCAGAAUCUCGCAGUUGAUAUGAAGGGGGUGAUCGAGGCUGCAAAGGAUAGAAAGAGGAGAGAUGAUGUCGAUAGGAGGACGAGGAAGUCUGCUGCACUUUAA